AGAAAUUUAUUAGUAUCGACCAAAGUUGAAUAAUAUUAUAAGGAACAUGCACCAACAGAAGUUGCUUCUAAUGCUAGGACAGUCGUUGAUAGGUACGGGAUUUUUUUUUCUAUAUAUUCAGCAUGUACGGUCUGUUUUUGAGACACGAACGAAUAUAGCUCAUUUGACCCAAUUGGAACGUGAAUCUUUAUUUCGAGGAGAAGAUGCCCUAUAUUAUAGCUUUUAUAAAACUUUGACAGAGGCACCGGAUUUCAUGAGCGGCAUUGAAAGAUUGCAAAAUUUAACUGAUAUUGAGUACCCUCGCAACGUGAAUGUUAUUCACAGAUUUCACGUAUUGCCGGAGCUUAUUAUUGGAGCUUUGUAUCAUUUCUUGCGUUCGCAUCAACGUUUGGGACUUUUAUCUUUGUUUAGCUGUUGGCGUUCGGAUGAUAUACGAUUGACGUUAGAAUAUGGUAAUUGCGAAGGUCAAGCAAUGCAAUUUUAUACGGAGUGUGUAUGGCUGUUGGGUGGGUUUACCAUGCUCUUAAUAUACAUGUACGGAUUACUGCUCAGUCGUAACAUGUUCGGUGGUAUUUAUGCAGUAACAUCGUACAUUAUGUUUCACAGCUUUGCUUCAAAGAUAUAUGAAAGCCCUGCAGCACGUGAAAAUUUUGCUUUUCCAGCUAUCUUUAUGCAAAUGUUUUAUUUAUGCUUCUGCAUAAAUCAGUUAUACGAACGUAAAGCACAUUCUCUGUCCAUAUUAACCAUGGUAGAAAUGUCUUUCCUUACGGCUCUGGCCUUAUUAUGCUGGCAAUUCUCUACAGUUAUAUUUGCCAGUCAAAUACUCAUAAUGAUGGUACCAUGGAUUUUGAAUUCAACGACACAAACCAGACUAGUAAAUGUUUUCAUUAAUGAAUACGCUGCAACUCAUUUAAUGGCCAUUUGGUUGGCCUACUCUGUGUCGGAUGGUAACAAAAGAUAUAUUUUUGCCUGGCAGUUGGGACCAGCCAUCGGUUUGUUUUUUAUAUCAAUGAUAAGAUUUUCAAAGCAACAAUCAUCGCCCCCGUUGCCCGAUGAGAACAAUAUUGGUUUCUCAUUGAAAAUUUUGCCCAUGGGAUUUUUAAUAUCAAUAUUUUCCUUUUGCACUAUAAUUGAUAUCUUUGAAGCGACCGGUUUUGUGAGGUCCAUAGAAAAUACAUAUAUAUUGUACCGUGAUUUGGUAAUACAUUGGUUACUGCAAAUGAAAGUAAAUUUCGUUACCACUCUUACGGCAUGCAAACCUGAGUACAAGCGCAUGGAUUGCUUUCAAUUGUGGGACUUCGUUAAAACGCUUGUAGUGAAACCCUAUUGUAUGUAUGGUGUAGUUAUGUUGGCCAAGUUUUUUCGUAAAUGGCGUAAAUCCACUGAACCACCUGAAGAGCCCAAAGCGGAUGUCAUAGAACGUGCUAAAAACUAUAUUCUAGAAGAUUUUCUAGAGGAACAUCAUAUUAGUAUGACGGAUAUACUUAACAAGAAAAAUGAACACAUAAUACUAGAAUUUUUAGAUCUUUUAGCCAAAUGUGGCUAUGACUACGAGCUUUAUAAAAAAGAAAAGGCAAAAUUAAAAAAAGAGAAACCAAAUGAUCAUUUACAGUUUCUAAAUGAUAUUAAAAAGCUAAAAGAACAAAUUCAAGAAAAUCAUAAAAAGUCAUCAGAGGAAAAGGGACGAGAUGAGAUUCACAGGGAAUCGACUGAGGAAAUGGUAGAACAGAGCGAAAGAAAGGAAAAAGCUGCUAAUGAAAAUGGUAAAAAAAUCUCAUCUACAGGAACGAGUAAAAAAGCUGCUACCAAGCUAACAUCCGCUUCUUCUCAGGAAACACGUGCUAAUGAUAGUGAUGACGAGGGCGUUUACGACUAUCGUCAAUUUCAUUACGUGUACAGUUUUCUACAAAUGGCUGUAUUUACAGUUAUUGGCCUUAGUAUUAGAAAACUAUUUUUCCUAUGUUUUACGCAAGGUUGUGUUCUCACCUCGACCAUAUGUUCCUUAUUAUUGAGCGGUAAACAGCGUAACUUGUUUUGGUCAGCUUAUCUGUAUGUGUUUUUGGCCAGCGUUAUCCAUCCCGGGAUAGUGAAUAUACAAGACGAGUAUUAUCCUAACAAAAAUGUGGCUAAUCAAAAUUUGCAAUUGGAUUCAAUGUUAGAAUGGAUAAAAAUGAAUACCGAAAAGGAUGCCGUUUUUGCCGGUCCUGUUGAUAUAAUUGGUACCGUACAUUUAACUACGCGAAGGCCAAUUGUAAACCAUGCUCAUUUAGAAAUUAGACAGAUGAGUGACCGCACGGAGCAUGUUUAUAGCGUCUUUAGCCGUCAACAAUCGUCGGACAUUUAUAAUCAAUGUUCCCAAUUAAAAAUUCAGUAUUUAAUUUUAUCCACUAACGAUUGCACAAAUGAAAUUAAUGACGAAUGUGAUCUAUUAUCAAUUUGGGAUGAUAUGCAGCCGGCUUAUCGUAAAUAUCCACAGUUUUGUUCUGAAUUAUUGAAUAAAAAUAUACCGAGCUUUUUAAAAGUUUUUAGUAAUGAAAAGUAUGCCAUCGUAAAAAUGUUUUCACAUAGCGUACAAAUCAAUUUAAAAUUCAACAAAAUGCCCGAGAAGGAUAUGUGAAUUUUAUUCACGCUCUAACAGCAACAGUAAUAAUUAAUAUAAGACGCAGUCAAUUAUAUAAAAAAAAGAAAAAAGAGGUUUAAUUGUCUCCUA